GGAGAAUUACAAAGUUCUAUAAACAGAUUAAUGUUUGAUAGAAGAGAUGUUCUUAUUAGCUUAGGAGGCCUCUAUGGAGCAACUACUCUCAACAGUAAAGACCCUUUUGCAUUGGCUGCUCCAAUUCAACCACCCGAUCUUUCCGGGCCAUUCCCACCUAAGCCUGAUGUAGUACCAUUUAAUUGUCUCCCACCACCCUCUAGAAAGAUAACAGAUUUCAAGCCACCGUUCCCAUGUGAGCGGCUCCGAGUUAGGCUGGCUGCGCAUUUGGUUGACAAGGAGUAUAUAGCCAAGUAUGAAAAAGCCACUGAGCUAAUGAAAGCACUUCGUGCUGAUGAUCCUCGUAGCUUUAAGCAACAAGCCAAAGUUCAUUGUGCUUAUUGUUCUGGAGCUUAUAAACAAGUAGGGUUUCCUAAAGUAGAGCUUCAAGUUCACUAUUCUUGGCUUUUCUUUCCAUUUCAUAGAUACUAUCUUUACUUUUACGAGAAAAUUUUAGGAAAAUUGAUUGGUGACCCAACAUUUGCUUUACCAUUCUGGAACUGGGACACGCCUCUUGGAAUGACAAUGCCUGCCAUUUAUACAAAUCCGGAGUCUCCGCUCUAUGACCCAUUAAGAGACGCUAAGCACCAGCCACCAACAGUGGCUGAUCUUGACUACAGCGGGGUUGAUCCGACGAUAUCGAAAAAAGAACUUAUUAAAGACAAUCUAGUGAUCAUGUAUAGGCAAAUAGUAUCUGGUGCAAAACUCCCUAGACUGUUUUUUGGGAAACCAAUUAGAGCUGGUCAAGGACCCAACGAUCCAAAAGAAGGGGGUACAAUCGAGAAGUCUCCUCAUAAUAAUCUACAUACUUGGACAAGAGAUAGAAAUCAGCCAAAUAAUGAGAACAUGGGAGCUUUCUUCUCUGCCGGGAGGGACUCAAUUUUCUUUGCUCAUCACUCUAAUGUUGAUCGAAUGUGGGCGAUUUGGAAGAACCUCGGAGGCAAACGCAAGGAUCUCACCGACCCAGAUUAUCUUAAUUCUGCAUUUGUUUUCUACGACAAGAAUUCAAAUCUUGUCCGAGUCAAAAUAAAAGAUUGUUUAGAUACUAAAAAUCUGGGUUAUGUAUACCAAGAUGUUGAUCUUCCAUGGCUAAAAGCUAAGCCAGUACCAAGAAAAACAUUGGUGAAGGGAAGUGUUGGAAAGAAGAAAACCAAAGAGAACAGCACAAGAACUUUCCCUCUGAAUUUAGAGAAACAAACUGUGACAGUUGAGGUUUCAAGGCCGAAGAAAUCGAGGAGUAAGGAGGAGAAAGAAGAGGAGGAGGAAGUGAUAGUGAUUGAAAACAUUGAGUUCAACUUGAACGAGUUCGUGAAAUUUGAUGUGCUUGUGAAUGAUGUUGAAGGU